AGUGCAUAGCCUCCACGGCAGUGCCAGACCACCGACCCUACACAGAGGUACCUCAUGACAGCUGCCCACCUACCCAAUGGGUUCCCCGACCCUCCAAGCACCUUCUGGCCCAAGACUCAGCGGAAAACAGAAGUAGGGUCCUUGUAUACACUACACAGGCUCCUCUAAAAAUCUGGAUCAAGGGGAGUGAAGAGGUCUGGCAUAACGAACUGCCUGCAGUCUCUCUGCAAGAAACCAAGCUGCUCAUACAAGAUAGCAAAGUGACCACGAAUGUGGAGACUUUGCGGCAUACCUGUGGAGAGGGAUCAACCUGA